GUUUUGCCAUGCGAACAAGCAUCCUGACUCCGGCCCUCCGACGCAUCCGCAUCGCCACGACAACCACGACGACCCCGCACAGGGCCAUGUCUGCAACUUCACGGCGCGAGGACCCCUUCCGGCCCGCCAGGAGGGUCGCCGGCCAGCGGCAGGAUGUCUGGUCCAUUGUCAACGAAGCCGCCGCCGCCUCGCCCGUCCAGCCCAUUGUCAACAUGGGCCAGGGCUUCUUUGGCUACAACCCGCCCCAGUUUGUCCUCGAUGCCGCCAAGUCGGCCCUCGACCAGGUCGACUGCAACCAGUACUCGCCCACCAAGGGCCGCCCGCGCCUGAAGAAGGCCAUUGCCAAUGCCUAUUCGCCCUUCUUCGGCCGCGACAUUGACCCCGAGACCGAGGUGACCAUCACCACGGGCGCCAACGAGGGCAUGCUCAGUGCCUUUAUGGGCUUUCUCGAGCAGGGCGACGAGGUCAUUGUCUUUGAGCCCUUCUUCGACCAGUACAUCAGCAACAUCGAGAUGCCCGGCGGCAAGGUCGUCUACGUCCCCAUGCACCCGCCCAAGGACGGCGCCACAAAGACCACCUCGGCCGCCGAAUGGACCAUCGACAUGAAGGAGCUCGAGGCCGCCAUUACGCCCAAGACGCGCAUGAUCGUCCUCAACUCCCCGCACAACCCCAUCGGCAAGGUCUUUUCCAAGGACGAGCUGCAGGCCAUUGGCGACCUCUGCGUCAAGCACAACAUCAUCGUUCUCUCCGACGAAGUUUAUGACCGCCUGUACUAUGUUCCUUUUACCCGCAUCGCCACUCUGUCUCCUGAAAUCGCCAAACUGACCCUGACUGUUGGCUCAGGAGGCAAGAACUUUUACGCUACGGGCUGGAGAGUAGGCUGGCUCAUUGGCCCGCCACACCUCAUCAAGUAUGUCAGUGCAGCUCAUACACGCAUCUGCUACAGCAGUGUCUCCCCCUUGCAAGAAGCCACGGCCAUUGGCUUCGAGCAAGCUGACGCCCACAACUUCUGGGACGAGUCGAAGAGAGAAAUGAAGGCAAAAAUGGACAAAUUCACUGCCGUCUUUGACGAGCUCAACUUGCCCUACUCAGACCCCGAAGGCGGUUACUUUGUCCUCGUAAACAUGUCCAAGGUCAGGCUACCAGACGACUAUGAGUUUCCCCCACACGUCGCAGAGCGCCCACGGGAUUUUAAGCUCAGUUGGUUCCUGAUCAAGGAGGUUGGUGUGGCAGCCAUUCCUCCCACCGAGUUCUUUACACCAGGCAACGCCCAUAUUGUAGAGGACUGGUUACGCUUCGCAGUAUGCAAAAACGACGAUGUGCUCGAGAGAGCCAUGGACCGUCUACGCAGUCUCAAAAAAUAUAUCCAGGAAUGAGCAUUUUCAUGCGGAAACUUGGUAGACAAAAGAAUAGAUCAUGCAGCAAAACAUGCCACCUUUCUGUCUUGGAGGCGGCCAAUAGAUUUCAUCGAGUUGCUGUACUUGUUCAUUUCCAUCAUGAGUCCAAGACAACAAAGAAGUUCUGGCUUUUCAAUAAUCAUCACUCAGAUUUGCCUUU